AUGAAAACAUCGUUAGAUCGGAAAAUGGGCAGCAAAUGGAGGAAAGCAAAGCUGGCUUUGGGGCUUAACACGUGCCUUUACGUUCCGAGAACUCUAGAAGACUCAUCUUCGCCGGUGGCUGAAAGUGCUGGAAGGUUGUCCGCCUCCGUUUUGCUGUCUCCGACGAUUUCUUCGUCGUCGGCGAGAAAUUCCGAUUGUCAGAUGCCAACAACGCCGAUGCCGUCAUCUUCCGGUCUCCAGCUGCCAAAGCACAGCAACAAAUCAUCCAAGACUUGUGCAGUAUGCUUGGCCACCAUGAAACCAGGCCAUGGUCAUGCAAUUUUCACUGCAGAAUGCUCGCACACAUUUCAUUUCCAUUGCAUUACUACUAACGUUAAACAUGGAAACCAAGUUUGCCCUGUUUGCCGAGCAAAAUGGAAGGAAAUCCCCUUCAAGGGUGAUCUAUCCCAUGGAAGGCCAAGGAUCAACCAUGUAUCUUGGUCCCAUGAUGAUUCCUGGAUGACUGUUCUACGAAGGCUUCCUCCUCCACGAGUGGACAUCAAUCGACAUAUUCCUUCUCUUCUUCCUGCCCCAGAGCCAGGCGUCUUUGAUGAUGACGAACUGGUUACUCACCAAACUGCGGUUACUGGAAAAGGCUCGUCUGGCAUUGAUGGCGGUGGCAACCUUCCUAUUGGGGCAAUAGAAGUCAGAACAUACCCAGAGGUUACUGCCGUUGCGAAGUCAGCCACUCAUAGUAAUUUCAGUAUUUUAAUUCAUCUCAAAGCCCCCAAUACUAAUAACCGACGGCAUUGUGGGACAAACCAGGCUUACUUGCCGUUAUCUCAAAACUCGCGUGCUCCUGUUGAUCUUGUCACAGUGCUUGAUGUCAGUGGAAGCAUGGCAGGCACCAAGCUUGCCUUGCUAAAACGAGCCAUGGGGUUUGUGAUUCAAAACCUAGGCUCUUCUGACAGGCUUUCUGUCAUUGCCUUCUCCUCUACAGCUCGCCGUAUCUUUCCCCUUCGUCGGAUGACUGACACUGGAAGGCAGGAAGCCUUACAGGCUGUCAAUUCGCUACUUUCAAAUGGUGGGACAAACAUUGCGGAGGGCCUAAGAAAGGGUGCCAAGGUGAUAACAGACCGCAAGUGGAAAAACCCAGUUAGCAGUAUUAUGUUGCUGUCCGAUGGACAGGACACAUACACUGUUAGCAGUCCUGGUGGGUCUCAUUCUCGAACCGAUUACCAGUCACUCCUCCCACUCUCAAUGCAUCGCAAUAGUGGUACAGGCCCCCACAUUCCAGUCCAUGCGUUUGGAUUUGGUACAGAUCAUGAUGCUGUUUCAAUGCAUUCAAUCUCUGAAACUUCUGGGGGCACAUUUUCUUUCAUAGAAGCAGAGAGUGUGAUUCAGGAUGCCUUUGCUCAGUGCAUUGGAGGGCUUUUGAGUGUUGUGAUACAGGAGCUACAAGUGGGAGUUGAGUGUGUUCACCCAAGGUUGCAACUCAGCUCAAUAAAAGCAGGAAGUUACAAAUCAAGUGUGAUGCUGGAUGCAAGGUCAGGAUUUAUCGAAGUUGGGGAUUUGUAUGCUGAAGAAGAAAGAGAUUUUCUGGUGACAAUGGAUAUUCCAGUUGAUGGAUCCAGUGAUGAGAUGUCAUUGAUAAAGGUUAAAUGUACGUACACUGACUCCAUCACAAAAGAGGUGGUGACCUUGGAAGAAGCCAGUGGCGUGAAGAUUCAGAGGCCUGAAAUCACUGGACCACUAGUUGUGUCAACAGAAGUGGACAGACAGCAAAACAGGCUCCGAGUAGCUGAGGCAAUGGCUGAAGCAAAGGCUUCUGCUGAACGUGGUGAUCUAGCUGCUGCAGUAUCUGUUCUUGAGCAUUGUCGUAUACAAGUAUCAGGAAGCGUGUCAGCCCAAGCUGGAGAUCGGUUAUGUGCUGCAUUGGUUGCUGAACUGAGGGAGAUGCAAGAGAGGAUGGCAAACCGCCGUCUGUAUGAGACCUCCGGAAGGGCAUAUGUUUUGUCAGGAUUGAGCUCUCACUCAUGGCAGCGUGCAACUGCACGAGGUGAUUCCACAGAUAGUACAAGCCUUGUGCAGGCUUACCAGACCCCGUCCAUGGUGGACAUGGUUAAUCGCUCACAGACAAUGUUAUUUGGCAGUACAUCACCUCAACCAUCAGCCAGGCCAGCUCGUUCGUUUCCAGUACGUCCGCAGCCAAGGUAAUCCUUGGAUUAGCUGUUAAAAUUUUCUGACUUGUGGUCAUGAUAUCAUCUUAGUGCCUCAUUUUAUCUCUUAUAUAUGUUGAUUUUUCUUCCGGUUUCGGGAAAGUGGGCAAACUAAAUAGUGAGAUAAGAGUGUUUUGGGUGUUUUUACAAUGGUGGGUAUAUUUCCUGGUCUUUCAAUAUGCAUGAACAAAGAAGAAUUGAGGAAAGCUGGAAUAUGGCUUUGAGAAAAAUGAUGAAAGACAAAAUGGGAGCUAAAGAUUCACAGGUGAUGUUAGGUGGCCUUGUACAUAAAGAGAAAUGUUGUUUUUUCUCUUGGACAAGAGAUUGGGGGUAUAGCCUUGUAAUUGUGGGGGAUGGAUACUGGGAAAUUCUUCACUC